AUGACCACCACAACAACCACAGAAAAGGGAACCCCCAGCACCCCCCACCUCACCUACAUGACCCAAUGCCUCGCUCUCGCGCGCAAAGCCCCCGCCCUCCCAACCAACUUCCGCGUCGGCGCUCUCCUCCUCAGCCGAAGCAAAGCCGACACAACCCCCAGCUACACCUCCGACAUCCUGCUCUCAACCGGCUACACAAUGGAACUCGCCGGCAACACGCACGCCGAACAAUGCUGUCUAUCCAACUACGCCGCCGUGCACGGCGUACCUGACGAGGAAGUGCACACUGUCCUCCCUCACGACGACCCCGAAAGGAAACUAGUCAUGUAUGUGACUAUGGAGCCCUGCGGGAAGAGACUCUCGGGCAAUGCGCCGUGCGUGGAGCGGAUCAUCAAGACGAGACAGGGUGGGGAGGGACGGGGAAUACAGAAGGUGUAUUUUGGGGUGAAGGAGCCGGGCACGUUUGUGGGACAGUCGGAGGGGGUGAGGAGGUUGGAGGAGGCGGGUGUCGAGUGGGAGGUUGUGCCUGGCUUGGAGAGGGAGAUUUUGGAGGUGGCGGUUGAGGGUCAUGAGAGGGAGAAGAGGGAGGAGGUGGUGGGGAGGGCGUUGGAGGGGGUGAAGACGGAUAUUGAGCCUAGUGAGGAGGAGAGGAGGAGGCAGGAGAGGCAGCCGAGGAAUCCUAUGAAGAGGAUGAUGGAGGGGGAGACUAUGAUGUGA